UAUGUUCUUAUAUAUCAGAAUGUGAUUUUUUAAGACUAACAAUUUUGUUUUUGUAUUUUGAACAGAACACCCUUUUGCGUAGUAAGCACCCAGAGUUGACAAGCACCAUAAAGAAAUCGACAUGUGUUUUAGCUGUUGUUUUGUUUGUAGCUUUGAACAUUGGACCUUUCAGCACUCUGAAGGAGCAGUGGAAACUAAACCGACCAGAUUUACUACCCAGCUCUAUGAUUCACCAUGGAAGAGCACUUCUGAAUUAUCAAGGAGAUGAGGAUGGUAGCAACAUUGAUAAACCACUUGUGUUUGGUCCAGCUGUCAAUAAAUUCCAUGACAGACAGACAGUCGCCAAGGUGGACCCGAGCAUGCUAAACACUUCACAGAAGAAGUCAUCACCGUUGAAAAGUAGAAAUGCUGAGAGGAGGGACUUAAUGGUGAUAAAGAACAAGUGGGACUUCCUUGGUGAUUCAAGACAGAAGAGAAGGAAUCUCAAAAGGAAGGAAAGGAACCUUAAGUCAAGAAGAAAGAUUGAAAGUAAACAACAGAAUGGAACACUAGAUGAUCAGUUUUACUGCCCAAGUUAUUUUAACAAGACAGAAGCAACAAGAAUUAAUGAAGCUCUGGAAGGUUGGGUGAAGAGAUAUGAGAAUCAACAGAUUUUGAAACAGAGAAAACAAGGACGGAGGCAGACCAAGAUGGAAUCUGCUAUCAAAGAGCUUGCCAGACUGGCAUCAAACUGUUCAGCAGAUGUCAAGAGGAAAAUCAACAGGUUAGUCCAGCAUCAUGUCACAUUGUAACAUACAUGUCGAUAGCAAAGCUGCGCUAUCAAACUCGCUGUACCACACAUUACUUCAGUUAAGUGAAAUUCCCUUUGCCGUCCCAUCAUGGUUUUAUUCGCACAUCAUCGUCGUCGUCGUCGUCGUCACCAUCAUCAUCAUCAUCAUUUAUUAUGAUGUGCUUGGAAAGUUAGUUCAGAGAGCAGGAAAGAAGUUAAGAGUUGCCCUCACCUGCGAGCCUCACUUAACUUGAUGAUGCAUGCUAAAACAUGAAUUAAUUGUCAAGUGGUAUGUUAUCUACAGCUCAGGUAAACAGCAAAGUGGCUCUCGUUUGUCGAUGUAACUAUUGAGGAUAUUGCAUGGCUGUGAGGAGAUACAAAAUAUUUUUCGACACAAGAAGACCAAUUUUGUUUCUCCAAGCGGCCGUGAGAUGUUCUAUUUGUUACAUAAACACUAAUGAAAUACCAAGCCAUUUCACUUUUGCUGCGAAAAGCAUGAUAUGUAACCAUAGCAAUCGUGAUCUUUUCACAUGUGAAGAUAUCAUAUUUUGGCCCAAAAGCUCAUCUGGUAUUUCAUUGGUGUUUAUGCAAUAAGAAUACAUAAGCAACGGCUCCAUUUCUUCCACCAAACUUUUUGUUGUACACGUAGCUUUUCGUAACCUCCAGUCUCAUUGAAAUAAGAUUA